GAGGUUGAGAUAGAGUAGAAAGCGUCUGAACGAACACACGAAAUGAGAUGAGAGACAGAGAAUGGAAAAAUAGAUUGAGAGGUGGAUCUGUGGAUGGAAAUUAGGGUCUUCUUGAUCGUUGGCGGAUCUAUGAAACUGAUGAAGGAAUCGUCAUCUCCCUCUUCGUCGAGCCAAAAGGCGUUUGAUGUCUUUUGUCUGGUUGCAAAGUUUGAAACUUUGGGAUCUCGUGGAGUUUUGGGAUCAAGAGGCGGGUCUCUGGAUGGAGAUUGGAACCUUCUCGUGGGCGGGCGGAUCUCUGAAUUUGGUGACGGGAUCGCAAUAUCUCCAAAUGGCGUUUAAUGUAUUUUCUCUGGCUGCAAAGUAUGGAACUUUGGGAUUUCGUGGAGAUGAGAGAUCGAGAUACGGGUCUCUGGAUCGUGGGUGGAUCUAUGAAUCUGAUGACGGGAUGGUCACAUCUCUCUUCGUCCAGCCAAAAAAUGAUCCUCUUAUUUGUUUGAUUUAUUUGUUCUGGUUCCAAAGUUUGGUACUUUCGGAUUGGUUAUAGGAUCGAGAGGUGGACGCUGAUUGGGUUUUGCAAGAAUUGUGCAUCAGGGAGAUGAGCUGUGGAUUGGAUAUUAGGAUCUUAUUGUUUUGUGGGCAGAUGGAGAUUAUGAUUUUUUUUGGAGGAGGCGAGUACAACGGUGGUGGAUUCGAUGAUGCGCUUUUGGAAGUUAUUUGUCGAGAAAAAGUCGAAGGUGAAGCAAGAUAGUUUUUCAAAAUGUAUGGAAGUUUUUCUAUAGUUCAACCUGCCUCAAGCCGCCUUUCACGCCUCACGCUUCAUCACGCUUCAUCGCUUAUGCAACUAAAGUUAAGAUUCCUAUCACAAGUUAUUAACAUAUAAUAUUCACUUUCUUUUUAUGGUUUCAAAACUUCAAUUCACUUCAAACUGUUUAGUGUCUUUACAUUUUUUAAUAGAUAUUUUCGUGCGUGAAUCUUAUCCAAGUCUAUAUUCUUUUUUUCUGGUUCUAUAAAUCUUUUGUUUCUAAAUCUAUGAAGACUUAGAUUUAUGUUUAGUUUCUUUUAAGGAUUUGUUGGUUUGAUUCUCUUUUUUUGAAGACUUUAUUGGAUCAAUUCUCUGUUUUAUGCUCUGUUUAUGAAUACUUAUUAAUUUUUAAUUUUAAUGAUUUAGGAUAAUGACAAAGAAUGGAAGAACCUGAAUGAUUCUAUGACUAACCACUAAUCCUACGUGUAUUUUUUCAGGCUAAGCCUUAAGUUGGUGAGGCGGUCUGAAGCGACGCUAUAGCUUUGAGGCGAGCUUGACCUUCCUCACCGCCUCAAGGCUUGAAGCGCUAUUUUAAACCCAGAUCUGGAUGAAACAGCUGAAAAGGGGUGUGUAACCAGAUGUUAUAAGCUACAACAUGAUAAGUCUAGAAAGAUUCCUGCAAAGCUGUGUGAGAAUGGAGAACUCAGAGGAGCUUCUCUCUAAAGUUUUCAGUAGUUUGAAUGCUGUUGAUUUAGAUUCAUGGCUUAGACAUAGAUGAGAUAUGAAUUGAUGAGCAAACGGGGAUGACUAAGGAAGAUUUCUGAUGCAAAAUCAGUUGCGCCACUAUUGUAGAUCGCAUUUUGCAGGCGAAUCGCACGAAUACAAUUGGAUCGCAAGUUUUCUCUUCUCCAUCGUCUUGCUCAACCGAGAAUGCCAGGGACAUAUGAUUCGGAUGACGUAUUUGGUGAGUGGACUGCGUUGGAUAACAGUUUCUGUUUGGAAGAGAGCCGUGUUUCUCCACCUAUUGAUGUUUACCUUGUGAAAACUACCAUGUCCUACUAUAAUUCUCUCUCCACGAGUGGUGCAAGUCCGUUGUGUGAAUGGAUUGAUGAUUGUGCUCCUCACAACUUGGUCAACUGCUGGAUACAUUAGAUAUCAAGGAGAUAGAAAAUUCUUGUCUGAAAUUCGGCCUCAGAGGGAAAUUGUGAAAGAAGACACUGAAUUUGAGAGGACUGCGUUAAGCUUCUAUCUGCACGAGUGCAGUAUGCUUGAACAUAUUACUAAGUUCGCUGUCAAAACCACACUGGACUUCUAUAGUUCUUUCUCCAAGAACAAUGCUAGUCCAUUAUGUGAAUGGGUAGAUGAUCCUCACGGCUUGGUCAACUGCUGGAUAGAGCUUCGUGUACCUAAUAGUGACUCGUUCCUGCUGUUCACUGUCAACGGCUAUGAUGAUGGCUUUCACUUAAUUGAGUCAUUUGCGUUUACGUCUCUGAGGUCUGUAGUCAAUUUGACUCUACUUCCUUCUGGCAGCAUUAGACAGACUGGCGAUAGAGUAUUCUUGUCUGAAAUUCUGCCUCAGAGUGAUAAAGAAGUCUCUGAUGAGAACAUGCGCUGUGAGACUGUGAAAGAAGGUGUGGUCAGCGAGAUUGUGAAAGAGGAUUUGGGGAACGCUGAUGAGAUUGUGAGUGAUAAAGAAGUCUCUGAUGAGAACAUGCGCUGUGAGACUGUGAAAGAAGGUGUGGUCAGCGAGAUUGUGAAAGAGGAUUUGGGGAACGCUGAUGAGAUUGUGAGUGAUAGAGAAGUCUCUGAUGAGAACAUGCGAAGUGAGAUUGUUAAAAAAGAUUUGGUGAAACACGCUAAUGAGAUUGAUGAGAAGAUGGUGAGUGAGACUGUGAAAGAAGAGUUGGUGAGUGAGAUUGUGAAAGAGGAUUUGGUGAAAGACUCUGAUGAGAUUGAUGAGAACAGGCGCAGUGAGAAUGUGAGAGAAGAUGUGAAACACGCUGAUGAGAUCACGCAGGCACAACAUCUUGACAAUGUGACAAAAGACUUGGUAAAAGAAACUGCUGAUGCACAGACUGACAUAGAAGAGUCGGUUAAAGAAUGCGCUGAGAAGGCCACGGAGGCAUAUCUUGACAGGAUUAGAAGACAGUAUAUUGCUGACCAGCACAAAAAGAGGGAUGAAUUGGCGGAAGUUGUGAGAAAACUCACCUUGGAAACGCAGCAGCGUGAUUGGGAAAAGCAGCAGAAAGAGAAAAAAGAACAGAGGAAGUUGAAGACAGCGCAGGAGAAGUCCAAGAAAGACGAGCAGAAGAAAAAGAAGAAAUGAGAUUCUUGCCGAGAGUCAUUAUCCCGUCUUAACUCUUUUUGCUAAGUACAAUCGUUACGAACUACCUCCCUUUUAUCUCUCUUGAACUUUCUGUUGCGCUAUUGAGUACUGAGCUCUUAUGUGAACAAAGUCGAGAAACCUAUUCGAAAAGACUACGUUGGCUUUGUUAUCUUGUAGUGUUUUGGAGACUAGAGUUCUUAGAAAUGUGAAUGUCCUGCGUCUCUAGAGGACUAGUUUCUAGA